AAAUGAUCCAAAAUGUACGGGGUUAUAAAUAAUUUGCAGACUAUAUAAUCUAACAAAAUCAUGCACUGCAUGAAUAUGCAACAACAAAAGCAGAGACAAUCAACUCCCCAUGGGUGGGAACGAGAGUUGACAUCAGCUGUCUUUGGCUAAUGAGAUAGCGGCUGAUCAUGAGCCUGUGCUUACCAGACCAGAGAUAUCUUAGAAUUGAAGUAGUGGUCAAACCACGGGCUGUAAUGGAGCAGUUAAACGCAGUCCCACAAGAUGGUGUCUUUUUAACGGUUUUUCCGGAAGCUUGAUGGAUUGCAUAGCUGUCGAUCAACUGUCUGAAAGAGAAUACCAUUCCUUCAAAGCAUGACUGCCACAGUUGAUGGCCUCUCGCUUCUCUCUUCGCUUUCAUCUCCCAAGACUCUCCCUUCUCACCAGCUCUUCAAGGCCCCCUCAGAAUGCCCCGAUAAAUUUCUCGACUUUCUGCACAAUUUCAGAAUGUCCGGUAACCCCCGCAAAGAGGAAGACCUUUUCCCACAUCUUUCAAGAUUGCUCGAUCCAGAAAGCCAUAAGUAGUGGUAAAGAAGCCCAUGCCCAGAUGAUUGUUUCGGGAUUCACCCCGACAGUUUUCGUUGAAAACUGUUUAAUGCAGAUGUACGUAAAAUGUUCGAACUUGGACUAUGCUCGUAAAGUGUUUGAUGGAAUGCCUCAGCGGGACACUGUUUCGUGGAAUGCCUUGGUAUUUGGCUAUGCUGGACAUGGGGCGAUGAGAGCUGCGGACGCUCUGUUUAGAUUGAUGCCCGAGAGAGACAUUAUCUCUUGGAAUUGCCUGAUUUCGGGGUUUGCACAGAACGAAGAUUGCGUGAAAUCAAUUGGCGUGUUUAAAGAGAUGCGGCAGGUGGGAACUGGGUUUGACCAUUCUACGCUGUCCAUUAUCCUGAAAGUAUCUUCUCUCUUGGAAGACUUGGGUUUGGGAGUUCAAGUGCAUGUUCUUGCAAUUAGGACAGGUUUUCACGAUAAUGUGGUCACUGCGAGUGCUCUUGUGGACAUGUACGGGAAGUGUAAGCAAUUGGAAAGUUCACUUCGGCUCUUCCAAGAGAUGCCUGAGAGGAAUUUGGUUUCUUGGAGUGCUCUCAUUGCAUGUUAUGUUCAAAACGAUCAGUUGAUCAAAGCCAUAGAUAUAUUUAAGGAGAUGCAGCGAGCAGGAGUUGGUGUGAGCCAAUCUACCUACGCCAGUGUUCUGAGGUCUAGUGCAGGUUUGACUGCACUUAGACUUGGGAGUCAGUUUCAUGGACAUGCCUUGAAGAGUAAUUUCGGAGAUGAUGUGAUAGUAGCAACUGCUACUUUAGAUAUGUACGGGAAGUGUGAGAGGUUGGACGAUGCUCAGAAGCUGUUCAAAAUGAUGCCAAGACCCAGUUUGCAAUCGUAUAACGCGAUUAUUAUUGGAUAUUCUCAGAGUGACAAGGGGUCUGAGGCUUUGCUUUUGUUUAGACUUUUGCAGAGAUCUGGUCUUGGUUUCGAUGAAAUAAGUCUGUCGGGUGCAUUAAGUGCAUGUGGAGUAUUUAAAGGGCUUAUCGAGGGACUUCAGGUUCAUACGUUGACAAUUAAGAGCACAUUUAGAUCAAGCAUUUGUGUUAAAAAUGCAAUACUGGACAUGUAUGGAAAAUGUGGAGCUCUAAGGGAAGCCUGCCUUGUUUUUGAUGAAAUGGAGAGAAGAGAUGCCGUGUCCUGGAAUGCGAUUAUUGCGGCCCACGAGCAGAAUGAAGAUGGAGAGAGGACUCUUGAGCUGUUCGCUUCAAUGGUCCAUUCAGGAAUGGAGCCCGAUGAGUUCACUUAUGGGAGUGUUCUCAAAGCUUGUGGUGGUCUCCAAGCUUUGAGCUGUGGGGUGGAGAUCCAUAAUAGAAUAAUCAAAUUGGGAACCGGAUUGGACAUGUUUGUAGGAACUGCUCUCAUUGAUAUGUAUUCCAAGUGCGGGAUAGUGGAAGAGGCAGAAAAAAUUCACAAUAGACUGGAACAACAGACUACAAUCUCGUGGAACGCGAUAAUCUCGGGGCUAGCCCUGCAAAAUCAAAGCGAGGAAGCCCACAGAUACUUCUCGUGGAUGCUGGAGAAUAAUGCAGAGCCUGAUAGCUUCACAUAUGCAACGAUCCUUGACACCUGCGCUAAUCUCGCGACGAUCAGCCUCGGGAAGCAAAUCCAUGCUAGGAUUCUGAAGUUAAAGCUGCAAGAGGAUGUAUACAUUUGCAGCACCCUUGUUGAUAUGUACUCCAAGUGUGGAAACCUUAAUGAUUCACAUCUGAUGUUUGAGAAAGCACCGAACAGGGACUUUGUGACAUGGAAUGCUAUGAUCUGCGGAUACUCCCAACACGGGCUUGGAGAACAAGCUCUGCAAGUCUUUGAAAGAAUGCAACAUCAUAAUGUGAAGCCAAACCAUGCGACUUUUGUUUCUGUCCUCCGAGCUUGUGCUCAUAUGGGGCUCCCUGAAAAGGGGUUGGAAUAUUUUGAGAUGAUGCUAGGAGAGUACAAGUUAGAUCCUCAAUUGGAGCACUAUUGUUGUAUGGUUGAUAUAUUGGGUAGGUCUGGUCGGGUCAAUGAAGCCCUCAAGCUUAUCUGCCAGAUGCCCAUCGAGGCGGAUGCGGUGAUAUGGAGAACUCUGCUGAGUACGUGCACUACUCAUGGUAGUGUGGAGGUAGCAGAGAAGGCAGCAAGUUAUAUUCUUCAAUUGGAGCCUGAAGAUUCAUCUACUUAUGUCCUGCUAUCGAAUAUUUAUGCAAAUGCAGGAAUGUGGGAGGAGGUCUCAAAGAUGAGGAAGGCGAUGAGGAGUAAUAAGCUGAGGAAGGAACCGGGUUGUAGUUGGAUCCAAGUGAAGGAUGAGGUUCAUAUGUUUCUCGUCGGUGAUAGGGCUCACCCAAGUUGCGAAGAGAUUUAUGAGAAGCUUAAUUUGCUGAUUGCUGAGACGAAGGGUUCGGGUAACAUGAUUGACUCUGAAUGUCCCUUCAAUGAGGAGACAAGAGAAGAUGCAUGCGAGCAACAAGAAGACUUGACUUUGAGUUUCGCAUUGUAGUUCUAAAGUUGUCCCAAAGAAUUAGUUACUUCUCUGGAGUCUGGUCCCUAUUGCUUCAGCUUGUGUUGGGAAACUAGGAAUUUUGGAUGUUUUGAUUCGGAGUCAGAAUUGAAUUUACUUGCGACAGAUUUCAGCUCAUGACCAAUCAAAGAUUUCAGCUCAAGUCAAGGCUAAGCAAAAGCUAAAGAUAUCUUAGACUUGAAGUAGUGGGGUUCUAAGUUGCUCGAAGAUCAAAUUAUACCACAAGCUAUAUGGUAAAUUUGUAAAGUAAUGGAAAAUAUGACUAUUGGAGAUAUCAACUGAAAAGAAGGAAAAGAAAUGAUGGAAGAACAAGGCGAUUGCUGACGAAAAGACCCCUCCAUUGCUCGAGGCAAGAUGAAAAUGUUGGUUUUAACGAGUUCAACAGCGCUUCCUAACUGGGGCGGUCUUUAAUCUUUCAAACACAAUUGUCAAUGCUGGAUCAUGUCGCUGCCGGUUACGAUUAGAGUGUUGGGUCUCAGUCUAGGAAUUGAUAUGAUUAUCUUCUCGGCCUUCUUGACCGAGGCUUCAAUUGAGUUGUUGCUCAGGUUCAGCCGAGCAGGGACUCUGUCUCGAAAUAAAUCUGCAGAUGUUAUGACUUCCUCAAUUCCCUUCUCUUUUCUGGUUUA